AUGGACUUCCGACGUAAUAAUGAAGUACAUGACUUAGAACGUCAAUUCAAAGACUCAAUUGAAUUUACUAAUAUUGAUACAACUCCUAAUAAGCCUAAACAUCGUGAAUUUACUCCAUUUAGAACCAAAUACGACUCUGCUUCACAACUUAGUAAAAUACAUACAGUCGAACAAGAGCUAUCUCGACUUAAAGACCUACAAAGCAAAGUCUUAGAUAUGCAAGAAACACUCGAAGAAACAAUUGAUAAAGAAGUUCAAAAAACCAAAGAUAGAGAGAUUAAAGAACUAAAAGCCCAAUAUAAACUCAAGAUACGCGAUCUAGAAGAACAAUAUCAUCAAAGAAUCUCUACUAUCAAAAAAGAGUAUGAAGAUAAGCUCAUCCGUACAAUUACUAAGUUAAAGGAAACUGCCCGUACAGCCAUCAACACUCGAGUGGCCGAAGAGGUCGAAAAGGCCCAGAAAGCCGCCGAGCGAAAGUUACUAGAAGUCCAACUCCGAGAUAAGUCCGUAAUUGAUAAGCUCACCAAAAUGUACGUUGAUCUUAAAGAGAAGUACAAAAAGGACGUUCAAAAACUCGAUCUAGAUUUCCCUACUCCUAAUAAGUAA